UGUGUCACCGUGCGUGUCACUUCCUCCGGGCCGGUUAAACAUUGACAGGCACAGGGCGGGGGAAGGCAGAGGCCAUCCCUGCCCUGUGUCACAGUGCCAGGCACGGCCUGCGGCUGGGGCACAGCUCGGAGCAGCCUCCCUUCCCUCGCAGACAGUGUCCCCAGCACCCGAGGGACGUUUCCUGGGGACACAGGUGCGGGCAGGCCCGGGAUCCUCCCCUGGAUCCCCUCCAGCCCCUGUGGGCAGCGGGAGCCGGAGGUGCCGUCAGAGGGAAGCGGUGACAGAGCUCAGCGCCAGGGAUGUGAUCCAGGUCACACAAAGUCACCCUUGUCACAGCACCCAAACUCAUUCCUGAGUUUCUCCAGGAGUUCUGUCCUUCAGUUCUGUCCUCUCAAGCAUGCAGUGACCACUGGUGGCUUCCUGCCUCGGGGACCAGGAGAGAAUGCUCCAAUGGAGAGCUUCCAGAAAUGCAUUUUGCUCCCCCUCAUCCUGACUGCCUCGCUGCCAGGUCUGGGCUUUUGUUACUCCAUCACAAAAGGCCCUGAGAACGCCACGGUGCUGGCUGGCUCCGAGGCCAGGUUCAACUGCACGGUGUCUGCAGGAUGGAAAGUCAUCAUCUGGCUCUUCCAGGGCAGCCCUGUGCUCACUGUGCUCAGCUCCCAGGGCUCUGUGGAGACCACAGAACGCUUCACCUCCAGGAACUACAGCACUGGGGAUGAGUUCACCUCGGAGCUGAUCAUCCACAACACCCAGCUGAGUGACUCUGGCAGGAUCGAGUGCAGCAUCCAGCAGCCCAGCCAGAACAACUUUGCCUUCCUCUCUGUUCAAGUUAAUGGAUCUUUACUCAUCAAAAAUAGCACCUUAACAGUAAAAGACAACCAAACAAUUGAGAUUGUUUGUGAAGCCUUAGGAUGGGCUCCAGCUCCAGACAUUGCCUGGAUGACAAAUGACUCUUUGGUUGAUAAGUCGAGCUAUGUCACCCAGCAAAGCCCAGGAUCUCAUGGCCUCCACAAUGCCCUGAGCACCUUAACUCUGACUCCGAGGGACACGGAGGUUUUGACUUGUUUAGCUGACAUAGAAGCACUCCCCAGCCCUCAGAAUGCAUCUGUAACUCUUAUUUUUGACAACUCUGCCACGGAAAAUUAUUACAGUGAAGACAACACGAGCACGUGGGUUAUUGUGCUUGCAGUUGUGCUUUCAUUCCUUGGCAUUGUUCUCCUGGUCGUUAUUGUUGUGGUCGCUGUGCGCUGCUGCCUGAAGAGGAGAGGAUCUACUUAUCAAAAUGAAAUAAGAAAAGUUUCAGCUGAGAAGAAAAAGGAAGGUGGUUUGGAAGACAGGCAGAGGAGUGGCAGUGAAAAUCUGGGAUACAUUCCAGAGGAAUUGUGGAACACAGAGCACAGCUCAGGACUUUCCUCUCUUCCCCCAGUGUUUUCCAAGUUUGCUGGCCCUGAUGACAAUUUGCACAUCAGCUCUGUACCAAAGGUGCGGCCUCAAAGGCGUCCUGAUUAUCCCAUCAGCCCAAAGAAAAUCAGGAAUGUGACACUCGUGUAGGAUGUGCUUCUCCAAGAAGUUGCUUUUUUACAUGUUUGGAUGCCUUCAUGUCAUGCAGAAAAGUUAAAACCAGUUCUCUCAGUUUAACUUAUAAGUUAUUUUUCUUUU